AUGGAUUCCAACGACUCGUCAGAGCCGACGUUGCCCCCGGCCGAACAGAUGCGCCAGAAGCGUCUCGCCAUGUUGAGCAAGGCGGCCGCUUCGCCCUCUUCACGGACACCCACCGGCUCGGAACCCUCAAGUGCGGCUGCAACGCCCAAGUCAGCCUCGCCCGCGCCCAAGGAAGAGAAGGAGAACAAACCGCCGCCUGCACGACCAACGCAGGAUAUUCAGAGCACGACCUCUCUUUCCGGACAGAAGAACACAGCAGAGCAUGAAGCUGUAUCAGCGCCCCCAGCCAAGAAGGCCAACACCGCGGUGAAGGAGGAACCGAUUGAAGACUGGUCAGACAAGGUUUUGGGAGACAUCUUCCGCAUCACACUAGACGAGAGUCGGACGCAAACCCUCGAUGGGCGAGCUGUCAAAACCUACCUUCCAAAUACUGCGGAAGAGACCUCGCAGGAAGGUGCGCCACUCAAGCUGACCAUACAGAAUAUCGAUUCGGCACUCCUCGAAGCAACCAGUGCCCAGCCCGCCAGCAAACCGCUUCUCAGCUACCUGCUGCCCUGUUUCCGGCGGAUUAUAAAGAUCAAGUCAUCCUUGCGACGACCAUCUGCAGAGAAGUUGGCUGUUCUCGACGAGGCAAAGCGUCUGUGCAUGAGCAACUGUGUCUUUGCCUUGACAAUGCCCGAGCUCUUUAGCCGAGAGCCUAAUCCGAGCCACGAUACCCUUAUUCCAUACCUCUUGCGGCAUCACGACAAUGAGGAUGGCAUCUGUCUGGAAUUCUACGACGAGGCUGUGGCGCGCAUGGCCGACGAUGAGUCCAUUGGCGCCGUCUUUUCGGAUACCAUGGCCCAGCUCAGCAAGAAGCUCGCCACCAUGUCCAUGAACGAUGACUUCAAGCCUUAUGUGAACUGCCUUGUUACUUUCUCGCGGUAUCCUCCUCUUCUGGAUGCCUUGGCACAGCAUCCCGACUUCCUCAUGACGCCGACUUCAGACAUGACGAAAGAGCAGAUUGCUGUAUCGAGCGAGACACAGACCAUUCUUGGACCCUUCUUUCGCAUAUCGCCUCUACAAACUGAAGUUACAAAGACGUACUUCUCCAGCCCUCGGACCAUUGACCAAGGCGCCAUCCGAACCUCACAAAGUGCCCUGCAGAUGACGCUCAAGACCCACCAGGGUGACCUCACGAGCAUCGUCAAUGCCUUUGUCCGUUCCGGUGCCACGGCCCGCAAUCGCAUAUUGGACUGGUUUGCAUUCAUCAUGAACACCAACCACAAGAGACGGGCACUUCACGUGGACCCAAAGGAAGUGGCCUCGGAUGGCUUCAUGGUCAAUGUUACAGCUAUUCUUGACCAAUUGUGCGAGCCCUUUAUGGACGCCACGUUUUCCAAGGUAUCAAAGAUUGAUAUCGAUUAUCUGCGGCGGGAUCCCAGAAUCGACAUGAGUGACGAAACCAAACUCAAUGCUGAUCAAGCCACCUCUGAUGCAUUUUACAGCAAGAAAGCUGAUGGCACCUCGAAUUUUAUCUCAGAGGUUUUCUUUCUCAACCUGGCUGCUCAUCACUAUGGCAGCGAGGCCACGAACUCCAAACUGAAAGAUCUGGACCGGGAGAUCAAGCACCUGCAAAAGGUCGAAAAGGAAGUCAACGAACAAAUCCAAAAGCUUCAAGGCAAUCCGUUGCAACUUGCCAUAGCCAAGCGCCAGCAAGACCGCAUCGUCAAUGUCAUUGAUAAGACUAUGGCGCUCAGAUUCUCCAUUGAGGGUGUUCUCACGGAUAAGAGCAUGCAGACUUUGUCGCUGCAGUUCAUGCGCUAUGUGACAGUAUGGUUACUUCGUGUGGCGAGCGGCUCGUCAUAUGUGCCCGGACAAAAGCUGCAACUUCCUCUGGCUGCCGAGAGACCUGAAGCAUUCAGCUGCUUGCCAGAAUAUGCUUUGCAGGAUGUCGUCGACAACUUCAAGUUUGUCUUGCGUUUUAUGCCGCAGAUUAUGAUGUCUGCCGUUGGCGAUGAAAUAGUCGCAUUGGCCAUCACCUUUUUGAGAUCUUCAGAGUAUAUCAAGAACCCCUACCUGAAGUCCUCCUUGGUCACUGUCUUGUUCGCUGGACAGUUCCCCAUGUACCACUUGAGCAAGGGUAUUCUGGGCGACAUCCUGAUGGGCUCUGAACUAGCCAACCAGCACCUCCUCCAUGCACUGAUGAAAUUUUAUAUCGCAGAAUGUGAGCAUGGCACCAGCACAGCGUUCUAUGACAAAUUCAACAUUCGAUACGAAAUCUUCCAGGUCAUCAAGUGCAUCUGGCCAAACAAUGUUUACAAGGAGCAGUUGGACCAGGAGAGCAAGAUCAAUCGUGGUUUCUUUGUUCAAUUUGUCAGCUUGUUGCUCAGUGAUGCAACCUAUCUGCUUGACGAGGCCAUGAGCAAGUUGAUCAAGAUACAUGACUACCAGAAACAGCUUCAGGAUCCGUCUCUGUCCCAGGAUGACCGAGCCAAGAUUGCCACCGACCUUGACCAAGCCGAGGGCGCGUGUCAGAGCUAUAUGCAGCUGGUUAAUGAAACCAUGGCCAUGAUGAAACUCUUCACGGAGACUCUCAAAGACCCCUUUACUAUGCCAGAGAUUGUGGGUCGCCUCGCAAACAUGCUCGACUACAACCUGGACACCUUGGUUGGUCCCAAGAGAGGUAACCUCAAGGUUGAAGAUGCAAAGAAGUAUAACUUUGACGCAAAGACUCUGCUAUCGGACUUUACCGAUAUCUACCUCAAUUUGGAAUCAAAGCAACCCUUUAUUGAGGCAAUCGCUGCUGAUGGGCGAUCAUACAAGCCUAGCAACUUUGACGAGGCCUCAAAAAUCUUGACCUCGCGAAGUCUCAAGGCCCCGGAAGAGAUGGCAGUAUGGGAAAGACUGAAGAAAAAGGUCAAGAGCGCCAAGGAGAUUGCAGACCAAGCCGAGCUCGAUCUCGGCGAAAUUCCCAGCGAAUUCGAGGACCCCGUAAUGGGAACACUAAUGACGGAUCCUGUUCUCCUGCCGUCAAAGGUCAUCGUCGACCGUUCCACCAUUGUCCAGCAGCUGCUGGCCAACCCCCUAGACCCGUUCACGCGUAGCCCCAUGACAAUCAACGAUGUUGUCCCCGACGACGAGUUGCGCGAAAAGAUUGAGGCAUGGAAAGCUGAACGCAUUGCGGCUGUCAAGGCGCAGCCCAGCGGCGACGCCAUGGAAACUGAUUGA